AUGAUAGAAUGGAAAUUUAUACCACCUAGAUCUCCACACUUUGGUGGUCUCUGGGAGGCUGCCAUAAAAUCUGCAAAGCGUUUGUUUUACAGCACUGUUGGACUUUCAAUCUUAUCAUUUGAAGAAUUACGCACACUCGCAUGCCAGUUAUCGGCAGUGCUUAAUUCUCGCCCUCUUUGUUCUAUUUCAGAAAAUCCAGACGAUUUAGAAGUCCUCACACCAGCUCAUUUUUUGGUGGGUGGUCCGCUAAUAUCAAUAUCUGAGCCCAACCUUACCACGUCUGACUUCUCUCGCUUAGACAGAUGGCAACGAGUUAAUUAUAUGCUACAAAUAUUUUGGAAAAGGUGGAGUGUCAACUACCUCACCCUAUUGCAAGAGCGUAGCAAAUGGCGCUCACCUGCAGCAAAUGUUCGUGUUGGAGAUAUAGUACUAAUACAUGAAGACAAUGUUCCACCUCUUAAAUGGCAUUUAGGCCGCAUCACCAGCAUAAUAUGCGGAUCUGACAAUGUGGCUCGAGUGGCGGAAAUACGCACGAAUAUAGGAAUUAUCAAACGUGCAGUAAGGAAGGUGGCAGUUCUUCCAAUAGACGAUAAAUAUGUUUAA